CAGACGCACAAACACGUCCGCCGGUCUGGAUACUGGACAGAGCCGCAGCAGGGAGACGCCGGAAAGCCCUGACGGAGGAAGCCUGAUAUAGUUCGCUGUUAUUUAUUUGUUUGCUUGUUUGUUUGUUUGUUUGUUUGCGGGGUAUUUAUCACAUUUCUAUCAAAGAUGAACGGGGUGACGAGAAGUCUGUGCACAUUUGAGGACAUCAGAAAUCAAGAAUAUGGGGAGGGGUGCAGGCGACUACGGCUCACACUGCACGACCAGAGCCAGGCAGCGCACGGCACAGAGCAGCAUAGGGACAAGCCAGUCGGACGAGCAUUUGCACUGGUGCAGCCGGCCAGUGACAGAACAGUUUUGACGCCUGAAUCUACAGAGGAGCAGGUCGAAGUUAUCAAGGUGUAUCUAGAGGCCCGCAGACAAGAGCAGCAGAAACACCAGCAGAGCCUGAAGAUGCUCUCAGAUGAAGUUUCACAGAUACAGGAGGUUAGGUAUUGCCUGAAGACACUGAGGGAGCAGAUGGCGGCCAAAAACAAGCCACACACAAACGGGUGGAAAGUCGGUUAUCCCUUCAGAAAGAACGCCUCAUCUGCACCCAAGGGAGGAGCUAAAGCUAACGAACAGGAAGCAGAGGAUGAGGCGGAGAGAACCAAGCUGAGGGAAGUCAGUAAGCGCUUAUAUGCACAGCUGCAGGAAGCUGAGAAGAAACACCAAGAGGAGAAGGAGAGGCUGCAGGCUGAAGGCAGCAGGCUGAGGGAGUGUCUGAGCGACCAGGACGAGAAGUUAAAGACCGCAGAAAUAGCCAGCGGGAGGAAAGACAAGCGCAUCGAAGAGCUCCAGAGGUUGCUGGGAGGGAUGGAGCAGGAGAGCGCCACCCUGCGGGAGGCAAUCUGCAACCGUGAGGAGGAACUCUGCGAGCUGCGCAAGAUCAGAGAGGAGGGCCAGAAAGGGGACCAGAGGGCUGAACAGUUGGAGAAGGAGGUGGCUAUUCUAAAAGAAAAGAUUCACCAUCUGGAUGACAUGCUGAAAAGCCAACAGAGGAAAGUCAGACACAUGAUUGAACAGCUCCAGAACUCUCGCAUGGUGAUCCAGGAGAGAGAUCGCGUGAUCAAUGACCUGGAGGAGAAAGUGGCAUUCUUGGAGGCUGAGAACCGGGAGAUGCAUGACCAGAUGGACUACUUCCUAGGAGGACAAAGGUCAAAUUCCUACCUUUCAUCAGAGCACAACCCCCAGAUUGUCUAUAGUAAACCAAUCAAGCCGUCCACCUCAUCUAACAAACCACUCCCUUUCAUCAAAGUCAUUGAGAUCAAGUCAUGAAGCGACUGUGCGGAAGAAAGACACAGUUCUCAAGUGAAGGGAUCCGAACAACCAAACCUUUACAGUUCAGACUGAAACCAGGCAGCAGCUCUACUACCACAUCUGAACACAUGCCUGAACAUUUCAGAUGUCAAAGCUGAGCUUCCUGGUCUCUUACUGCUUCAACACUUCCACUAACCACAAACACUCUUAAAGGCAACUGCGUGGUGUUCGGCAGCACACAUACACUGGGGUCUGUUGUGUGCCUUUGCAUAAUGAAUGAGUGUGUUUAUGUUAGCUUUAAUGUAGAUGCAUUAAGUGUACUGAUGCACCUGAUGUGCUUUUAGGUUUUACAUCUAAUACAGCAUAUUGUAUGCGAGUGUUUCCUAAUACUGGCCUCUUUUGAGUUCAUGGCAUCUGCAUUGUUGUAUCAAAACACAACUGUUGUGCAAAGGGCAGAUGACAGACCUUUUGCCAACGUGGGUAAUAACAUCAUAAAGUCAAUAUACAGUAAUUUAGCACCAGUAUACUAUAGCUAACUAAGCUUUCAUGAUGGAUCAGUUUCACUUAAAAAUCAUUAACCUGAUGAUCUGAGUCACUCAUACAUGACUGUUCACUUUGCUGAGUGACUGGUAUGAUGCUUUUAACUUGUAAAUACUGACUGUAGCCUAUAUAAGGUCAACACCCUACGUUGGGCUGAAAAGAGCCGUUUCUAAGUAACAAUAUAGUUUUUAAGCCCCAAACAAUGUGGCAACAUUAUCCUUCUGCUUCUUCAGUUUCAUUGUGAGGAAGCAGAAGGAAAUAUAAAAAUGUUUGGUAACAUUU